AUGACAAUACUUCUUUAUGACUAUCGUGAGCUGGAAGAAAGAGCAUCGAGACAUCUCAAUGCUUGGAAAGCAUGGCAUUUAAUACUUUACGCUCUGGCUGGAAUCUUUGGAAUCCUAAAUUAUGUGUUCCUUCAUAAUACUAUGCAACUGGUUGACAACAACUGUGUUUUAUAUCCUCGGGAAUUGGAAUUCCAUUUCAUAGACUUACCUGAACCCAGUUCCUUAAAUGUGACACAAAAUUAUACAAGAUCUGAAAAUACUACAAAACAAAAUGCUCAAAAUUCUUCCGUCCGAGUAGAAAACAUUAAUGACGACAAAAAUAAAGCAGUGAAGAGAGAUGUAACGAAUAUCAAUAGUACUGCUCAAAAUGACACGGACACAGGAGUGAUUGAAAAUGAUGUUAACAUAAUAACGAGUAAUGGAACUCAUCGUCUAGUUUUAGACACAUCUCGAACUCUAUUCGGUUGGGAUAACGAUUGCCAAUUUACCGAAUACAUGCCUAUAAUGUCGACGAUCCUUGCAGCCGCGUGGGCCACAUUCUUUACUAUGUGUCCUGGUGGUGGCUAUUCCAGAUCUGGACUCCAAGAACCUUGGCGAAUUUUGACACCAGCUUUAAUAUUUGCUUUAGUAAUGGUUGGUCUCACUGGGUAUAGUUUUACAAGCACAAGUAAGGGUCUCUACGGAUUCUGUUCAGCCUUUUAUAAUGUAACAAACGCUACAACUUGUUCAGCGGUGAAUUCUUAUCUGGACCGCUCGUGGAAUAUAACAUGGGGUUUUGGUGGGCGAGCGGCAGCGACGCGCGCGGCCAGUGCGGGCGUGUGGGCCAGCUGGGCCUGCGCCGCCACCUUGUUCAUUGCUCGGUGCCUCACUGCGCCAGACUUCCAAGUUAGAAGGACUGGCGCUUAUCUCAAGGAUCCACAGCAGAAAAUCACUCCCUACCUCAAAAAAUCUUCACGUCGGCGUAUUUCGAAUAAUUCACCCACCAAACGUGACAACAUGUCCAUUAAAUCUGAACCAACUGCCACCACGGAACUGGUCACUGCUUCUAUAGAACAAGGUCAAGACACUGCGCCAACAUCUCCGCAAAUGACUCCUAUUAAGCGGGCCAAUGGUGAAAAUAUUGAAAUGACCGUAACGAAUACGCCAAUUAUAUCGCCU